AUGGGCGAAGACGAGGGGAGCGGGCCCCCCCCGCGGGACCUGCUGAACCGGUACAAAAGCAAGUACCGCAAAAUAGACAUCGAGAAGGCGAAGGGCAUCCUGCAGGAGCACUUUGGCAUUACGGAGUUCAAGGAGAAGCAAGUGGAAUGUCUAAACGCAAUUAAAAAUUUCAAACACGUCCUUAACAUCAUGCCAACAGGAGGAGGGAAAUCCCUCAUCUACCAAGUAACCCCGUUGCUAAUAGAAGGCAUCAGCAUAGUCAUCAGCCCCCUAAUCUCCCUCAUGUAUGACCAAACAAAAUCUCUGAAGAGAAAAAAUAUAUCCGCAGAAACGAUCAAUAGUUCUCUUAAUAAAAAAGAAAAUGAAAAAGUUUUGAGUCUUCUUAAAAACUACAAUAACUGCGACAUUAAAGUUUUGUAUGUAACCCCCGAGACAGCCACCAGUGAGUAUUUUAUGAUCGUCUUGAAGGAGCUUUACCUGAAUGUGAAGAUCGCUUUGAUAUCCAUUGACGAGGUGCAUUGCAUAAGCACCUGGGGGUGCGACUUUAGGAAGAGCUACCGGAAUUUGAACAAAGUGCUAACGGCGUGUCCCUACGUGCGCGUUUACACCUGCACGGCCACCGCCACCAAGUGCGUGGAGCGGGACAUCAUUGUUAACUUGAACCUGGACGGCCACGCGCAGGCGAGGCCGCAGGGGGAGGGGCAGCAAGAGAAGCGGGGGAAGGGGCAGCGGGAGGAGCGAGUGAAGCGGGAGGAGCGGGAGGAGCGGGAGGAGCGGGAGGAGCGGGAGAAGCGAGAGAAGCGGGAGGAGCGGGAAGAGCGGGAGGAGCGAGAGAAGCGGGAGAAGCGGGAGAAGAAGGGACCGACUAGUGACCAGACGGACCGAGCGGACGGCCUGGCGAGCGACAAUCCGAUCGAUAUACCCAGCGAUACCCAGAGUGACGCCCAGAGUGACGCACACAGCGACGCACAGAGCGGCCCCCAGAGUGGAGACGCCGAGGGGGGCACCGUCAACUCGCUGCGAAUCGUGCGCACGUCGUUCAACAGACCCAACCUCAAGUACGUCAUCGUGUACAGCGACCUCAUCCACACGGAAAAAAAAAAAAGCAUUUUCCACAUCAUCCAGGAGAAAAGAAAUCUGGACAAAAUAGGUAUAAUCUACUGCUUCAAACGGAACACCUGUGAUGAGAUUUCCAAGUACCUACGAGAGCAGGGGUUCCAGGCCCUCAGUUACCACGCCGGAUUGACGAACAGCGCGAGGAAGAGAAUACAAGAAAAGUGGGUCAACGGAAAUGCAAAAAUUCUAGUGGCGACCAUAGCGUUUGGAAUGGGAAUUGACAGGAAGGAUGUGUCCUUUAUUAUUCAUUUCAAUUUGCCCAAAUCGAUAGAAAAUUAUUACCAAGAGUCUGGGCGGUCUGGGCGGAAUGGAAACGUGUCCUUCUGCUACCUUUAUUACUCCAAGGAGGAUGUGGAGAAACUCUCCUACAUCAUUCGAAGCAGCUACUCCAAUUUGGACAUGCAGGACAUCACCAUGCAGAAGAAGUACGAGAAGGAAAUAUACAACCUCGAGUGCGUGCAUAACCUGUGCAUGCAGGAGAAGUGCGUGCGGUCUCAGAUCCUGGCGCACUUCGGCGAGCUCCCGCCCCCCAGGGGGGGGGGCGCCACUAGCAGUGUUGGCGGGGGUGGAAGCGUUAGCGGCGGUGGUAGCGCUCCUGGCAGUGUUAGCGGCGGUGGAAACAGCACCUGCGACGACGACUACUGCUGCUCGUACUGCUCCGACGUGAAGGGCUCGAGGCACAAAAUCGAGCGGGUCAUUAAAAUGUACGAGGAGGCGCACUGGAAGAUUCAGUCCAACUACAACCGAACGGGCGGCAGCCACGUGAACUCCUUCACCACCGUCCUCCCGAAGAAGAAGCAUCAGCUGAGUGACGACUCAGGCUCGGACAAGGACCCUGGGCUAGACCAGUAUAAACUGACGAACAAGAGGAUUAAGGGGUUUGUUCCCUUCCAGAGUGCUUCAUCUAUCAUUUCGAAGGACAUUCGAGACAAGGGCAUCAUCGAAGUUAUGAAGGAGCUGGAGAGAAGGGAGGAGCUCAUGGAGAACAAGCUGGAGGAGCGGACCCCCAAGAUCGGCAAAAUGACGCAUUCCAUUUCGCACUUCACCAGCGUGAAAAAGAAGCCCGUGUUUUCCUCCUUCAAGGUCCCCCGCAAGUUGUGAGCGGGGGUGGAGGCGUACGCACAGGCGUAUGGACAGUCACCUCUACAGCCAUCUGCAUAGCCAACUGCACAGCCAUCUCUACAUCCGCCUGCACACCCAUCUCUACACGCAAAUUGCACCCCUACCCGCGCGCAUGGGUGGCCCCCCGAGAAAAUUCCCGCAACACUUUUUGGGCACCGCCAUGGCCUGCCCCCCCGUCGGAAGUGUUCACAAACCUGUGUGGUCACUCAUAUGUGCAUGUGCGAGUGCGCCCCCCCUACAGGGUCCUUCUGUAGAAGUUUUCCGCCCCAGCGGUAAAACUGGCGAACAAGAAAUAUGUACAUGUUAAGGGUGUACUCUAAAAAUACGCCCGCAAAUCAUUUGUUUUAGUG